AUGCCUUCACCUAGUGAGGAGGAGUCACCAGACCCCAGCCCCGUGUCCAGCAUCUUUGAAGAGGAAAGCUUCCAGUCUCAAUACAGAAUCCUGAGGACCAUCGGCCACGGGAGCAAUGCCAAGGUCCAGCUGGCCCACCACCGCCUCACAGGUACCCCCGUGGCUGUCAAAGUACUUCAAAAGAAGAAGUGGUGUCAGCCAAUCAGGUCAGAGGUAGAAAUAAUGAUGAUAACCAACCACCCCAACAUCAUCUCACUUAUCCAAGUGAUUGAGUCCGAGAAGAGAACAUACCUCGUCAUGGAGCUGGCUGAGGGCCAACAGCUUUAUCAAUAUGUCCGGAAGGCUGGCCACCUGCCGGAACAUGAGGCCCGGGGGAUCUUCAGGCAAAUAAUAGCAGGUGUGAGCUAUUGCCAUGACCAAGGUAUAAUUCACAGGGACCUAAAACCAGACAACAUCAUGCUGGAUGAGAAGGGAAAAGUCAAAAUCAUCGACUUUGGCCUCGGCACUCAAGUCAAGCCUGGGCAAAGGCUAAGCCGGCACUGUGGCGCCUACUCCUUUGGCGCCCCUGAACUCUUCCUCGGCAGGCUUUAUGAUGGCCCCAAGGUCGACAUAUGGACCUUGGGAGUAGUCUUAUAUUUCAUGGUAGUCGGUAAGGUCCCAUUUGGUGCUGUCAACAUCCCAGAGCUGCGGAGGCAGGUUGUGUCAGGGAAGUAUACUGUCCCCCUGGGCCUGUCAGAAGAGCUCCAGGACCUGCUCAGCCUCUUAAUGACAGUCAACCCCAGGCUUAGGCCAACAGUGGAUGAAGUGAAAACACAUCCCUGGCUUAGGAAAGACAUGGAGGCUUUACCAAAUCACUGUGAGGAAAUGGUCCCCAGCCUGCUUGACCCUGCAAUUGUGAAGGCCAUGGAACAUAUUGGGUUCCAAGCCCAGGAUAUCAAAGAUUCGUUACACCAGAGGAAAUUCGACCAGACCAUGGCAUCCUAUUGCUUACUGCAAGGGCAGGCUCUCCGGGGGCCACUCCAGAGGACACCCACACUGGACCAAGUCCACCAUCAUGCCAGGAGUGCUCCCUGCAUUUACUCAAAGAGCAGCAUCAGUGAGGACACAGAAGACAGUUCAUGCUCCCACAGCGCCUCAGCAGAGGGCAAGUCCACCCACAGCCGGGGCCAGCGCAGAGGCUUGAGGGCAUGGACAAGGAGGGUAGGAAACGCCGUGACAAGACUCUGCUGCUGCUGUCCAUCAAAGAAGAAACCUCGCCGGGGUCAGAACAGCGUCUCCCCUCAGAAAUGA